GUUCUUCCCGGACUUUGCCCUAAAAACAUUUUUGAUCAAGAAUGCGAUAAUUGUCUUCCAAACUCUGCUUGGCGACGGCGAGGUGUGUCAAGCUCCCACACUAACCUGAAUAUGACCAGGGUUACUGGCAUACCGUAUCUGAAUGAUGGAACGCCAUGACUCUGCAAUUCGCGUCAUGAAGGGUAAAAGGCCUAUAUUGCGCGUGCUUGUGGAUACCGUUAUUAGGUGCUCAGCAGCGCUCUGCUCAUUCGUAAUAUGUUACGCCCGCGGCAACAGUGGAAUGUAUAUUAUGGCAGGCCAGCUCUCCCCGAUCAUCUCGAUUGCCUUCUGCAUGGUAUUUAUCCGAAUCGCAGCCAAUAAACACACUCAGUAUCUCUCGACUGUCUGUGGAGGGACAACUGAAACGGGCGAUGAAACUCGCAGCAAGAUCUUGUGCAGCCUCUGCACACUAUAUUCAGGUCAGAAUGACUUCUGGGCUGACAGAGAUAGCUCAGAAGUAGCGAUACAUCUAUCAGUAUAGGCAUCUGGCUUAGUAUGCUUCUGUACAACUAUCCUCCCACUUAUUUCAGAAGCUUUCAGACAGUGGCUCCCUCGGAGCGCGAGGAUAUGAGGAUCUGACUAGGUAUAUACCUUACCUUGUGAUGCGGUUCUAGAGGUCUGAUACACAAAUUUGCUUGGCGCUCAGUCGUUUCGGUGUUGAAGGUGUGUCAAGGGCCUAUUUACUG